CCAUCUUUUCUUGUUCGGCGUGUCCAUAUAUAUAUAUAUAUAGACAAGAAGAGCAAGAGUUGGAAAAUCAAGCACAAGCAAAUAUUACAUGAGAGCUUUGUCUAGACAAUUUCUAGUGAAUUUGCAUCCAACAAGAAUUGCAAAUACAAGAAACAACAAAGGAGUUUACAGUUUUAUCAGAGGAAUAACCAUGUCUACGUCGUCAGAUCAAAGCUCUGGUUUUGAUAGUCCAAGACUUGUUGUCAAGAAAGUCUUGGCUAAGCCACAGAGUGAAGGAGAUGGUGCUGUUGUUAGAAGGAGCAUUGGCAGGUCUGAACUGAAGUAUAUUGAUCCUUUCCUCAUGUUGGAUGAAUUUGCAGUUUCACCCCCUGCUGGAUUCCCGGAUCACCCGCACAGAGGUUUUGAGACUGUUACAUACAUGUUGCAGGGAGCUUUUACACACCAAGAUUUUGCUGGUCACAAGGGCACAAUCCGCACCGGUGAUGUGCAGUGGAUGACUGCAGGAAGAGGCAUAAUUCAUUCGGAAAUGCCUGCAGCAGGAGGAACACAGACAGGCCUGCAGCUUUGGAUCAAUCUUGCUUCCAAGGACAAAAUGAUUGAGCCAAGGUAUCAAGAAUUGCUGGAUGAGGACAUUCCAAGGGCAGAGGAAGAUGGAGUUGAGGUUAAAGUACUAGCAGGAGAAUCAAUGGGAGUCCAUUCUCCGGUUUAUACGCGAACCCCAACAAUGUACUUGGAUUUCACUCUGAAACCAAGAGCUCACUAUCAUCAAAGCAUCCCAGAAUCCUGGAAUGCUUUUGUGUACACAAUUGAUGGAGAAGGGGUGUUUGGAAUACCGAAUUCAUCACCUGUUGCUGCUCACCAUGCUUUGCUUUUGGGUCCUGGAGAAGGCCUCAGUGUAUGGAACAGGUCUUCCAGGCCACUGAGAUUUGUUCUAAUAGCAGGGCAGCCACUGAAUGAACCAGUAGUUCAAUACGGUCCCUUUGUCAUGAAUACACAGGCUGAAAUUGAUCAAACUGAAGAGGAUUAUCAUUAUGCCAAGAAUGGCUUUGAAAUGGCAAGGCACUGGAGGUCAAAAUAAGUGGGGCAAAUCUUCAAAUGCAUCAGAAAGUAUAUUACAAACUAUAACAAAAAUUGAGAAGAAAUAAAAGGUUACAGUCAUUAUCUGUCAAUGUCUGUCUUUGUCUCCACCAGUACACAGCAAUCAUGGAAACUGAAAAGAAAGAUAUUUUUAGUCUUGUGAGGAAAAGGUUCUAGAAACCUUGAAAUGAAGGUGUAGAUAAAGCAGUAGCUUAUGUAGGUGGAUUUUUCAUUUGGGAUUGUUUCCUAUUUCUAAAGCAGCUCUUUUACUUGUAAUAAUAGGUCAUGAUUUAAAAAGUUUCCCAUUGCCAUCAUUGUUAUUAAAGAAUUCUUCCUUUUACUUGAGAUCAAGAAUAUGUUUUAUGAAUAACAGGAUGUGGCUUUUAAUGAGACAA